AUGGCGGCUAGUGCACCACGGUUUUCUAAACCGCCAGAUAUUCGACAAAAACCAGAUGAUCCUACACGUCUUUUUCUCGAAUGUCAAGUGCAAGGUACACCCAAGCCUGAUAUAACCUGGUUUCAAAAUAAUAAUAAAAUUUCAAAUUCAACUAAACAUAAACAAACAAUUCAAGUUGCAACAGGAAAUAAUUACAAUGUUGCACUUGAAAUUUCUGAUCUUAGUGCUAAUGAUGCUGGUACAUAUAAAAUUGUCGCUAAAAAUAAAGCCGGUGAAAUAACAGCUAAUGUUAAUUUAAAUCUUUCAAGUGAUGAUGAUACUGAAACAACAAAUAGUGCUGCUAAUUCGGCUGAAGGUACUACACCAGUAUUUAUUCAAAAACCAAGUAUAAGACAAGAAAAUGAUGGAAAACGUUUAAUAUUUGAAUGUAAAAUAUCUGCUGAACCUAAACCAGAUAUAUUUUGGACACAUGAUGAUAUACCAUUACAAGAUUCUGGUCGUUAUUUAAUUUAUUGUGAUGCUUUACCAAAUAAUACAUAUGUUGCAUGUCUUGAAAUUGAUGAUGUUAAUGCAUCAGAUGCUGGCAAAUAUAAAGUUUUAGCAAAAAACAAAUUAGGAGAAAGCAAUGCACAUAUUGCCUUAAAUCUUGAGAGUCCAGAUCAAAGUGCUGGUGGUCGACCUUCAUUUAUUAAAACACCUGAAGUUCGUAUGUUUGAAGAAUCAGCACUUUUAGAAUGUCAAUGUACAGCUGAUCCAGUUCCAAGUUUUACAUGGACACUUGAUGGAAAAGCUCUUGCUCUCGGAACAAAAUAUAAACAAGGAAUCGUAACAGAUGGAAACAUACAUAAAAUAUUUCUUGAAGUUUUUCAAAUAGGAACAAAAGAUUCAGGAUUAUAUAAAGCUACAGCAAAAAAUGCUAAAGGUGAUGGAACAGCAAGUAUUCAAUUGAAUAUUGAAGGAAUUGAUUUCAAAUUACCGGAUGGCCUUGCACCAACAUUUCUUGGUAAACCAACAAUUAAGCAAGAUGCUAAAACUGCUGUUAUUCAAAUCGAUAUUGCUGCUGAUCCAAGUCCAUCAAUAUAUUGGACUAAAGAUGGAAAAGAGUUACUUAAUGUUGAUAAAUAUAUACCACGCAUGUAUCGAAGUGGAGGAAAUCAAUAUAGUAUUUUUCUCGAUAUCAAGAAUUUAGUAUCAUCGGAUGGUGGUCUCUACAAAUGUACAAUAUCAAAUGAAGUUGGUACAUCAGUCGCUAAUAUUGUUAUUAAAAUUGCUGGUGAUAAAGCUAAUUUAGAACAAUUAGAUAAAUUAGCACCGGCAUUUGAAAAACCCAAAAUUACAAAAGAUACAAAACAAAAAACAAUUAAAAUUGAAUAUCGUUGUAAAGGAAAACAAGAACCAAAAAUAACAUGGAAAAAAGCUAAAACUGAAAUAAAAGAUACACCAAAUAAAUAUAAGAUUAGUAAAAAAAAGGAAACUGAUGAUACAUAUUUAUGUAUACUUGAAAUUCUUAAUGCUACUUCAUCUGAUACUGGUGUUUAUAAAAUCUUAGCUAAGAAUGAUGCUGGAGAUACACAAGCAUUAGUUAAUUUACAUGUCGAUGUUGAAGCAGAACCACCGAAAGAUGAAGAAGAACAAGAAAAACCUAAACCAAAAGUAACUCCUCCGGACGAAUCAAAAAAUGUUCCAGCAGCAGCAGCUGAACAAACGGUAGCACCUGUUUUUCGUGAUAAGCCAAAAGAAGUGACAGCCAAUGAUGGUGAUAAAGUACAAAUUCAAUGUAAAGUAACUGGUACUCCAAAACCUGACAUAACAUGGUUUCUCAAUAAAAAAGAAGUUAAGCCGUCGGCUGACUUUGUACAAGAAUACGAUGGUACAACAGCCAAAUUAACAAUUCCAGAUGGAUAUGUUGAAGAUAGUGGUGAAUGGAUGUGUGAAGCAUGGAAUGAAGCUGGUCAAGCAACACAACCUGUUCGUGUAACUAUCAAAGAAAAACGUGGUAAACCAAAACGUGUACGAAAACCAGCUGAUAAAAAGGAUAAAGAACCAGCUGAAAAACCUCAAGAGAAGCCAGCUGAAAAACCAGCUGAAAAACCUCAAGAGAAGCCAGCUGAAAAACCAGCUGAAAAACUUCAAGAGAAGCCAGCUGAAAAACCAGCUGAAAAACCUCAAGAGAAGCCAGCUGCAAAACCAGCUGAAAAACCUCAAGAGAAGCCAGCUGCAAAACCAACUGAAAAACCUCAAGAAAAACAAGUAGUUGAACCAAUAAAGAUUGUCGAACCUGAAAUACCAACAAUAUCGACACCAACCGAUGAUUAUUCAGAAGAACCCGAUCGUCGUAUACCAACAAUUCAAACUGAAGAACCAGUAUACGAAGAAGCAGGUCCACGUCGUGCUGCACCUACUAGUCAACCCAAACGUUCUUCAGCAACGAAUCUUAAUGUUAUAUCGGAAACACAAGCGCCUCCUCAAAUACGUACUGAUCAACCUGAAUCGACUGAUGCUGAUGACUAUGAACAUGGUCAUCGUCGUUCAAGUGCAAUGGACGAUCGACGACCAUCACUUCGUCGUGUUGAUCAAGAAAGUUUACUUAAAGUUAGACGAGAUUCAAAAUCACGUCGACCAUCAUUAGCUGAAGUUAUACCUGAUUGGCCGGCAUUACAAAAAGUUAAAAGACCAGAAAAGGAAAAAGAAUCAUUUAUUGAACCAUUACAAGAUAUUAAAUGUAAAGAAGAAGAUAAAGAAAUUACAUUUGAAUGUACUUUCUGUAAGCCAAGUACACGACUACGAUGGCUUAAAAAUAAAGUUGAAAUUUUUCAUGGAUUAAAAUAUCAUUUUGAUUCAAUUGGUGCUAAACAAACAUUAACUAUUUAUAAAUUACAUCCAGAUGACUCAGGAAAAUAUUUUUGUCGUGUUAAUGAUAUUGAAACAUCUGCAUGGCUUACAGUAACACCUGCUAAACCAUUAUAUGAUUUUUAUAAAGAAUUACCUACAAAAAUGGAAGUAUUUCGAACAAAACCAACUAUACUUGAAUGUCACGUUAAUGAUCCAAAUGCACCUGUUAUAUGGUUUAAAAAUGGAGUACCAAUUGAUUUUGAAAAAGAUAAACGUUUCAAAUUUCAUCAAGAUAUGACACGAUGUAUUCUUCGAAUACAUAGAACAACAAAAGCCGAUGAAGGUCAAUAUAUAUGUCAAAUUGAUGAUGAUCGAGCUAUUAAAACUUCUGGUUAUCUCUAUGUGGAAGAACCACAAUGGCGUUUUGAAUCUAAAUUACCUCCAAAUAUGGAAGGUGAUGAAAAUAAUAAGAUUGAACUUGAAUGUAGUGUACAAGAUGAAGAUGCUGAAUGUGAAUGGUUUAUUCAUGGUGAAAGAAUUUUUCCAGAAUUAAAUCCUGAUAAAUAUGAAGAAAUAUCCUAUGGAAAAGUUCGUAAAUUAGUUGUUAAAAAAUUAAAUCCAAAUAGUGAUACAGGAAAAUAUGAUUGUAAAACUGGUGUAAUGACAACUUCAUGUGAUGUAUUGGUUCGACCUGCACUUCGUAUUGAACAAAGAUUAAAAGAUACUGAUGCAAUCGAAGAACAAGAAGUUGCUUUUGAAGUUCAUUUAAAUAAACCUGAUACAAAAGGAAAAUGGUAUAAAGAUGGAAAAGUAAUUUAUCCAGAUCAAAAUACAAUUUUAACUAAUGACAAAAAUAAAUAUCGAUUAAUAUUAAAAAGUGUCGGUUUGAAAGAUACUGGAGAAAUUUCAUUUCAAUGUGGUGAUGUUAAAGAUAGUUGUAAAUUAACUGUUAAAGAAUGUGAUAAGCCACCAAAAGUUGAUCUAAGUCGAGUUCCAAAAUCUCUCACAGUAAAAGCUGGUCGACCACUUGAACUUGAAGUUCCAUAUGACGCUUUUCCAAUACCGAUUAUGCAUUGGUCAAAAGAUGGAAAAAUUAUUCAACCAGGAGGUGAUACUCAAUGUGAAACAUCAAUUGAUGCAAAAAAAUGCAAAUUAAAUAUUGAAAAGGCAAAACGAGAUGAUACAGGCAAAUAUGAAUUAACAUUAAGAAAUGUUAAAGGCGAUGUCAAAAUUCCAAUUGAUGUUAUUGUUAUUGAUCGUCCUGGUAAACCUGAAGGUCCAAUGAAAGUCACUGAUAUAACAAAAGAAACUUGUACUGUUUCAUGGAAACCUCCAUUAGAUAAUGGUGGAUGUCCUAUUGAAAGAUAUGUACUUGAAAAACAAGAUGUUGGACGUGGUGGUUGGACACCUGCUGGUGAAGUUAGUGGUGAUGCAACUUCAAUAAAUGUAACAAAAUUAACACCAGGAAAAGAAUAUUUAUUUCGUGUACGUGCUGUUAAUAAAGAAGGUGAAAGUGAUCCAUUAGAAACAAGUGCAGCUAUAUUAGCAAAAAAUCCAUUUGAUGAACCAAGUGCACCAAGUAAACCAGAAAUACCGGAUUGGGAUAAAGAUCAUGUAGAUCUUGAAUGGCAAGCACCGAUGUCAGAUGGUGGUGCACCGAUCGAAAAAUAUGUUAUUGAACGAAGAGAAAAAGGACGUGAUCAAUGGCAAAGAGGAGCUGAAGUUGACGGUCAACGAUGUAAAGGUGCUUGUGGUGGUUUAACUGAAGGCAAAGAAUAUGAAUUUCGUAUUGUGGCUGUUAAUAAAGCUGGUCCAUCAGAACCUAGUGAAGCAUCAAAAGCUGUGAUUGCUAAACCACGUUUCUUAAAACCACGUAUCAAUAGAGUUGGUCUUAAAUCAGUUACUGUUAAACAAGGUCAAACAAUAACAUUAGAAGCACCAUAUGCAGCUGAACCAUUACCAACAAUGACUUGGCAACGUGGUUCAACUGAACUUAUACCCGAUGAUCGUACACAAAUGACACAAACAGAUAAAUUAGCUAGACUUAUUAUAACAAAAGCACUUCGAUCUGAUACUGGUCAAUAUUUAAUUCGUUUAGUUAAUAGUUCAGGAACUGAAACAGCUGAAUGUGAAGUUAUUGUUCUUGGUCCACCAUCAAUGCCACGUGGACCAAUAGUAACUAAAGAAGUUACAAAAUCAAGUGUUACAUUAUCAUGGAUGCCACCAUUAGAUAAUGGUGGAAAAGAAAUUACAAAUUAUGUUGUUGAAAAACGAGAUAAAAAAACUGGUGAUUGGGUACGUUGUAGUGAUCCAGUUAAUGGUACACAAGUAACACUAUCGAAAUUAAAAGAAGGACAUGAAUAUGAUUUUCGUGUUAUGGCAGAAAAUAUAAAUGGUCUUUCAGAACCAUUAAUGACAGAGAAAGCAAUAUUAGUCAAAAAUCCAUUUACUGAACCUGGUCAACCGGGUACACCAGAAUGUGUUACACGUGAUCGUGAACAUAUUGAACUUAAAUGGAAUCCACCGAGAAGUGAUGGUGGUAAUCCAAUAAAAGGUUAUAUUGUUGAACGACGUGAAAAAGCAGCAAAGAAAAAAGAAUGGACUGAUAUUAAUCGUGGUGAUCUUCAUAAGGGUACAAAUUUUGUCGAUAACAAUGUUACGCCGAAUAAAGAAUAUGAAUAUCGUGUUACGGCAGUUAAUGAAGCUGGUCCAGGUGAACCAAGUGAUUCAUCGGGCGGUAUUGUUGCUAAGCCGGAAAAAGAAAAACCUUCAUUCGAUCUAAGUGGAUUACAUGGACCAUUGGGUAAAAAAGAAAUUCGCGUUAAAGCUGGUGAACCAUUAACAAUUGAUCUACCUAUAAACGGAUCACCAACACCAACAGUUACUUGGACAAAAGAUGGUGAACCUGUUCAACCAACACGAGAUACUCAACUUGAAAAUGAUGAUGUUCAUGCUAAAUUACAUAAACCAUCAGCACAACGUUCUGAUACAGGAAAAUAUAAAGUUCAAUUGAAAAAUGAUUCAGGUGAAGAUGAAUGUGACAUUAAUGUUAUUGUAUUAGAUAGACCAGGCAAACCUGAAGGACCAUUAGAAGUAACAGAAACAACAAAAGAUACUGUUUCACUUCAAUGGAAUCCACCAAAAGAUGAUGGUGGUGGUGAUAUCAAAGGUUAUAUUAUUGAAAAAUGUCCGGAAAAUUCUGAUAAAUGGGAAAAAGUUCCUGGUGUAUUUACACAACCAAAAGGAACUGUUAAAGAUUUAGAAACAAAUAAAAAAUAUAAAUUUCGAGUUAAAGCUGAAAAUAUUUAUGGCAUUAGUGACCCAUUAGAAACAACAUCAAGUAUUAUUGUGAAACCACCUUUUGAUCCACCUGAUGCACCAGAUACACCAGAAAUUACAGAAUAUAAUUCAACAUAUAUUAAACUUAAAUGGGAAAAACCGAAAAUAGAUGGUGGAAAUCCAAUAAGUGGUUAUAAUGUUGAAAUGCGUGAAAAAGGUCGCAAUGAUUGGGUACCAUGUAACACUGUACCAAUCAAAGGAAAAGAAUAUACAGCAUCGAAUCUACGUGAAGGUCGAAUAUAUGAAUUUCGAGUAGCUGCUGUAAAUGAUGCUGGACCAGGUGCACCAUCAAAACCAACGAAACCACAAAAAGCUGAAGUACCAAUAUUUCCAGCUGAUGCUCCCGAUCAACCAAAAGUUGAUAAAAUUACAAAAGAUUCCGUCACAUUAUCAUGGAAAAAACCAGUAAAUGAUGGUGGAAGUAAAAUUACUGGUUAUAUUAUUGAACAACGAACACCUAAUAGUCCAGAUUGGAGUGAAGUUGCUGAAAUACCAGCACGUGAUUGUUCAUAUACAGUUCCGAACUUAACAGAAGGUGAAGAAGUUUCAUUUCGAAUUCGUGCUGUUAAUGCAGUUGGUCCUAGUGAACCAAGUCGACCAACAGAUACAGUUACUGUUCAAGAUCAACCAGAAAAACCAUCAUUUCUUGAUUUAACUGGUAUUAAAGAUAUAACAGUUAAAGAAGGAAAAGAUUUUGAACUACAUAUUCCAUAUAAAGCUACACCAAAACCACAAGCACAAUGCUUAAUUAAUGAUCAAGAUUUAGUUAAUGAUGAUCGUGUUAAUGUUAAAACAUUAGACAAUGUUGUUACAUUACUUAAUCGUAAUGCUAAACGAGGAGAUUCGGGUAUAUAUAAAUUAGUUUUAAAAAAUAGUGAAGGUUCAUGUCAAAUCCAAUUUCGUGUCAAUGUUCUUUCGCCACCAACAAAACCAGAAGGUCCAUUAGAAGCAACAAAUAUUACUGCUGAUGGAUGUACUUUAAAUUGGAAACCACCGAAAGAUAAUGGUGGAAAUGAUAUAAAACAUUAUAUAGUCGAACGACGUGAACCUGGAACAGAAAAAUGGAUCAAAGCUGGACCAUCUGUAUUAGGCACAACAUGUGAUGUUAAAGGUUUAGAAGAGGGAAAGAAUUAUGAAUUUCGUGUUUCUGCUGAAAAUGAGAAUGGCAUUUCGGAACCAUUAGUAAUCGAUGCACCAAUUAAAGCUAAAUGGCCAUUUAAACCACCUGAAGCACCAGGUACACCACAAUGUGCUGGACAUACAGCUGAUUCAAUAACAUUACAAUGGACACGACCACAAAAUGAUGGUGGAAAUCCAAUACGAGGUUAUCUAGUUGAAAAGAAAGAAAAAGGAACAGAUCGAUGGGUUCCUGUCAAUCGAGAAACAAUACCAGGUGUUGAAUAUACAGUUCCAAAUCUUGUCAAUGGAAAAGAAUAUGAAUUUCGUGUUGCUGCUGUUAAUAAAGCUGGACCAGGAGAAUAUGCUAAUACUGAUGGAUUUAUUCAAGCUCGUCCACCUGAUGUAGCUCCACGUGCCAUUGGUUUCAGCGCUUUUAAUCCAAAAGAAAUUAUUGUUCGUGCUGGUGAAGAUCUUAAGAUUACUGUACCAUUUGUUGGUUCACCAUUACCACAAGUUAAUUUUACUAAAGGUUCUGAUGAUAUUACACCCGAUGGAAAUAUUCAAAUAAAUGUUAAAGAUGGUGUUGCUGAACUUUUUAUACCAAAAGUAACCACUGAUGAUAGUGGUAAUUAUUCAUGUACAUUAAAAAAUCAUCUAGGACAAGAUACAGUACCAAUAAAAGUUCUUGUUGUUGACAAACCAGACACACCCGAAGGUCCAUUAGAUAUUAGUGAUGUCAAACCUGAUUCAUGUAUUUUAACAUGGAAACCACCAAAGAAUGAUGGUGGUUCACCAAUAAGUAAUUAUAUAAUUGAAAAAUUAGAUACGAAAAAAGGUGAUUGGCAAAAAGUAUCAAGCUUUUGUCGUGUACCAUUUUAUGAAGUAACUGGAUUAAAUGAAGGUUCAGAAUAUAAAUUUCGUGUAUCAGCUGAAAAUAUUUAUGGACAAAGUCAACCAUUAGAAUGUGAAAAACCAAUUAUUGCCAAACAUCCAUUCAAUACACCACAAGCUCCAACUACUGUUGAAGUUGCUAAUCAAACAGAAAAUUCCGUAACAUUAAAAUGGAAUAAACCUAAAAGUGAUGGUGGUUCAAAAAUAAUUGGUUAUCAAGUUGAAAUGCGUAAACCAGAUAGUGAUACAUGGGAAAUAGCUAAUGAUUAUCCAAUACGAGGAAAUGACUUUUUAAUUAAUAAUCUUCAAAUAGGAAAACCAUAUGAAUUUCGUGUUAAAGCUAAAAAUGCUGCCGGUUGGGGAGAUUAUGCUACAAUUGAUAGUCCUGUAACACUUAAACCUGAUAGUGUUCCACCAUCAUCACCUGGUAUGCCAGAAUUGAAAAGAGUUGGUAAAAAUUAUGUUGAAUUAACAUGGACACCACCAACAAAUGAUGGUGGUGCAAAAAUAACUGGUUAUAUUGUAGAAAAGAAACCAAUUGGAAGUGAACAAUGGACAAAAGCAAUGCCUUUUACUGUACUUGAUACUAAUGCAAUGAUUAGUGAUUUACCAGAAAAUGGUGAAUUUGAAUUUCGUGUUAAAGCUAUAAAUAAAGCUGGUGAAGGUGAACCAAGCUCAAGUACUGGUCGAGUUAAAAUAACUGAAUUUCCAAAUGGACGACCGCCAACAUUUGUUAAAAAAGUAGCAGAUGUAAAUGUACCAACUAAUGCUGAAGCAGUUUUUACUGUUGAAUAUGAUGCAAAUCCAGCGCCAGAAGUAAAAUGGUUUCGUAAUGGUUUAGAAUUAGCAGCAAGUGGUCGUUAUCGUAUUAGUACAAAACCAGAUGAAUCAAAAUCAACAUUGACAUUUUUGGAUGUAUGGGAAAAUGAUAAUAAUUCAAAGAUUGCUUGUGAAAUUAUUAAUCCACUUGGAAGAGAUAAUUGCGAUGCAAUGUUUCGUGUUAAAACACCACCAAAACUACAACGUGAACCAGAAGAGCAACGUGUUCCAUUGGGCGAUACAUUAAAAGUUAAAAUACCAAUUAGUGGAAGAGGUCCAUUUACAUUUAAAGUUAAAAAAGAUGAUGAAGCCUUACCUGACCAUGGUCGAGUACGCAUUCAUGAAUAUGAUGAUUUCAUUGUUGUUACGAUUCCUGAUGUUGAACGAGAUGAUACUGGAAAAUAUUUAAUCAAUGUUGCAAAUGAGUCAGGUUCUUGUAACGUACCAUUAAAAGUUAAAGUUAUUGCUCCGCCACUUCCUCCAACAGGUCCACUUGAAAUAUCAAAUAUAUCUAAAGAUCGUGCAACAGUUUCUUGGAAACCACCAAAAGAUGAUGGUGGUAGUAAAAUAACAGGUUAUACAGUUGAACGACGUGAUACAUCAAAAGGAUCCGAUGCUUGGAUACCUGUUACACAAAAUUGUAAGGAUACAUCCUUUACUGUUCCAUCAUUACUUGAUGGGCAUGAAUAUGAAUUUCGUGUUAUGGCUAUGAACGAAAAUGGUAUUAGUGAACCAUUACGUUCAUCACAUCCAAUUAUUGCUCAGCUUCCAUUUAAACCUCCUGGUGCACCAGGACAACCGGAAGUUGAUGAAGUUACAAAUAAUACUGCUACAUUGAAUUGGGAUAAACCAAGCUCCGACGGAGGAGGUCCAAUAACUGGUUAUUGGAUUGAAAAACGUGAAAAGAAUAGUGAUAAAUGGAUUCCAGUGAAUAUAUCUCCAUGUCAAUCGAAUCGAUAUACAGUUCCAUCAUUACUUGAAGAUCAUGAUUAUGAAUUUCGUGUUAUAGCAGAAAAUGAAGCUGGUAAAGGAAUACCAUCUGAAGCAUCAAAAUUAACUAAAAUUAAAGAUCCAAAAGCUUCAACACCACCUGAAUUUCUUAAAAAAUUAAAAGAUAUUCAAGGUAAUGAAGGUAAAACAAUUCGUCUAGAAGCUGAAGUUAUUGGAACACCAAAACCAGAUAUUGAAUGGUACAAAGGAACUAAAGAAUUAUCUGAAAAUCUUAAAUAUAGUAUGACUCGUGAAGGUGAUAAAUGUAUCUUAGUUAUUAAUAAUGCUACACCAGAUGAUGUUGAUGAAUAUAGUAUUAAAGCACGAAAUCCAGGUGGUUCAAGAAUGUGUCGUUGUAAUGUAGAUGUUCGAUCACCACCACAUAUUCGUUUACCAUUAAAAUAUCAAGAUGUUCUUAAUUAUGAUAAAGGUGAACCUAUUGUUUUAAAAAUUCCUUAUACUGGUAGUCCAUUACCGAAUGUAAAAUUAACAAAAGAUGGAAAUGAUGUCACACAUGAUAAAAAUAUUUCAAUUGAUGUUGGUCCUCGUGCUGUAACAUUAACUAUAAGAAAUACAGAUAAAAAUACAAGUGGACCAUAUCAAAUAAAAUUAGAUAAUGAACUAGGUGAAGAUGAAGCUACAAUACGUAUUCAUGUAUCAGAUGUACCUGAUGCACCAUCUACUCCACAAGUGAAUUCAAUUUCAGAUGAUUCAAUUGCAUUAUCAUGGCAUCCACCAGAAAAUGAUGGUGGAAGUUAUAUAACGAAUUAUAUUAUUGAAAAACUUGAUCCUGAUACAGGAAAAUGGCUUAAAGCAGCAACAAGCCGAUUUCCUCAUUGUAAUGUUGAAAAUUUAGUACCAAAUAAACCAUAUAAGUUUCGUGUUACUGCUGAAAAUAUUCAUGGAGCUGGAGAACCAUCAGAACCAACGCAACCUGUUCAAACAAAUGAUUCCGAUGCGAAUCGUAAACGUCGUUUAGGAAAUGAUGAUGAUUACUUACGACGAAGAAAUAAGAAUUUACCAAAAUUAGAUAAUUAUGAUCGAUGCUUCUGGGAUAUUUGGGAUAAAGAUCGUCAACCACAACGAGCUACAUUAAAACAUGGCAGUAUUUAUGAUUACUACGAUAUUCUCGAAGAAAUUGGACGUGGUGCAUUUGGUGCUGUUCAUCGUUGUAUUGAAAAAGCAACUGGUAAAACGUAUGCAGCUAAAUUCAUGUCAACACCAACACCAGCUGAUAAAGCAGCCGUUCGUCAUGAAAUGGAAGUUAUGAUGGAUUUACAUCAUCCAAAAUUACUUCAUUUACAUGAUGCAUUCGAAGAAGAAAAUGAAAUGGCUAUGGUCACUGAAUUUGUUGCUGGUGGAGAAUUAUUUGAUCGUAUAGCUGAUCCAAAUUAUAAAAUGACUGAAGCUGAAGCUAUUAAAUAUAUGAGACAAAUAUGUCAAGGUCUUGAACAUAUGCAUGAAAAUAACAUUGUUCAUUUAGAUUUAAAACCGGAAAAUAUCCUAUGUGAAACAAAAAACAGUACAAAUGUAAAAAUAUGUGAUUUUGGUUUAGCUACAAAACUUGAUCCUAAUGAUAUUGUUAAAGUUAGUGCUGCAACUGUUGAAUUUGCUGCACCAGAAAUUGUUGAACAUGAUAGUGUUGGAUUUUAUACCGAUAUGUGGGCAGCGGGUGUUCUUUCUUAUGUUCUUUUAAGUGGUUUAUCACCAUUUGGUGGUCAUGAUGAUGAUGAAACAACGGCAAAUAUACGUAAAUGUGAUUUACGUUUUCCAACUGAAAUAUUUGGAGGUAUUUCUGAUGAAGGAAAAGAUUUUAUACAAAAACUUUUAUUAAAAGAUCGACAUGCUCGAAUGACUGUUCAUGAUGCACUCGAUCAUCCAUGGUUACGUGAAGAUCGUCCUGAACUUGAUUCACGUAUACCAUCAAGUAGAUUUGAUAAUGUUCGUCAACGUAUUCGUGAUCGAUAUGCUGAAAAUCCUGAUCCAACAAUUGGUCUUGGUCGUAUGGCUGAUUGGAGUUCACUUCGCAAAAAUAAACCACAAGAGUAUAAAAUCUAUAAUAGUUCUUGGGAUCGUCGUGAAGCUGCACCACGUUUUGUUCUUCGUCCUCGUAAUGCUCGUGUUUUAGAAGGACAAAAUGCUGAAUUUGAUUGUCGUAUUAUUGCUGUAUCGCCGCCUGUUGUCUCUUGGUAUCGUGAUAAUGCUGAAAUUCGUCAAUCAACAAAACAUUUAAAGAAAUACGAUCGAAAUAAUUAUAAACUAGAAAUAAAACGUUGUUUACAAGAUGAUAAAGGAGAAUAUAUUGUACGAGCAACAAAUAGUUAUGGUGAAAAAGAAUAUGCCGUCUUUUUAACUGUUGAAUGUAAGUAUCAUAAUAUUCAUUUAUAA